GUGUAUUUGUAAGCAAUGGCUGCCAUCCGAAAGAAACUGGUGACUGUUGGUGAUGGAGCUUGUGGAAAGACAUGCUUACUCAUAGUCUUCAGCAAGGACCAGUUCCCAGAAGUAUAUGUUCCCACAGUGUUUGAGAACUAUGUGGCAGAUACUGAAGUGGAUGGAAAGCAGGUAGAGUUGGCUUUGUGGGACACGGCUGGACAGGAAGAUUAUGAUCGCCUGAGGCCUCUCUCCUAUCCAGAUACCGAUGUUAUACUGAUGUGUUUCUCUAUUGACAGCCCUGAUAGUUUAGAAAACAUCCCAGAAAAAUGGACUCCAGAAGUAAAGCAUUUCUGUCCCAAUGUACCCAUUAUCCUGGUUGGAAACAAGAAGGAUCUUCGGAAUGAUGAGCAC